CUAAACUAUGAAGACAAAGCCAUGUUUAGUGAAAAUAGCAAAAGACUAAGUGAUUACAAGAACAUGUGGAGAAAAAAACAAAAAUAUAUAUUAAGUGCUCUAGUUGUAGUUGUUUUAUGUAACUUUUUCGGUAUAGGUGAUUACUUAUUCGCUAGGACUUUUGAUGAUUUUGAUUAUCCAUUAAAUGUGAAGUUGGAGCCGAUCAUAGAAGAAGUUUUGUCAGGUUCCGAGCCAUCAGUGAAACCCAUAAACUUUUACCCAUAUAGGUUUUUAACUAAUUCUGGAAAAUGUAAUACCAUAGAAAAACUAGACUUGUUCAUUGUCAUAAAAUCAGCUAUGAAAAACUUCUCCAAAAGAGACGCUAUACGAAAGACAUACGGACAGGAUAAUGUAGUUCCUGGUAGAAUAGUGAAAUCCCUGUUUUUCCUAGGUACAGAUGGAAAUCCAAAAUCAGAAACACAAAAAUCAAUACAAAAGGAAAUGGAACUAUAUAAAGAUAUUAUACAAAUAGGUUUUCGUGAUAAUUACUACAAUAACACAAUAAAAACAAUGAUGUCAUUCCGUUGGGUGUAUGAGCAUUGUUCAACCGCUGAUUUUUAUUUAUUCACCGAUGAUGACAUGUAUAUAUCUGUUAACAACGUUUUAAAUUAUGUUCAAGAACAAAGUGAAAAGUCGAGCAAGAAAGAUACAGUAAAAGAUAAGAUAGACAAGGACAAACAUAUGUUAGUAGGAUAUGUAUUUAAAUCCACACCGCAAAGGUUUAAAACUAGUAAAUGGUGGGUGUCAUUAGAUGAAUACCCUUGGGACAGAUGGCCACCAUAUGUAACAGCGGGAGCGUACAUAGUUUCCAACCAAUCGAUGAAAGUUAUAUAUGUAGGUAGUUUCUUUGUGAAACAUUUUAGGUUUGAUGAUGUAUACUUAGGUAUUGUCGCUAAGAAGGUUGGCAUUGUGCCUAUACAUUGUCCGGGAAUUUAUUUUUAUAAGAAGCAGUAUACUAGAGAAGGAUAUAAGGAGGUGAUAGCAUCUCAUGGCUACGGAGAUCAUGAUGAGUUGAUCAAAGUUUGGAACGAGCAACAAGGUUUUAAUAGUCUUGUAGGUUAAACUUUUCAGAAUAUUAAUGGAUUUUUUCUCGCAUAAAGGUAACAUUACAGUUAUUGC